ACUCCGACUGCGCUGUGAGUGUCCGACACGCGAGAUGAACUGCGCACUCCAUCCAUGGCAUGCCAUUCCCACUGUUCGCCCCCCGCUUUCCCACCGCCCUUUUUUUCAGUUCGCCCCAAACGACCUCCUCGCGUGGACAUCCACCUCCUUUGGCAGAGACACCGUACAGUGCUGUAUCUUAUCCCCGCCGCCGCAGCUCACCCGGCACUGCUCGCAAGAAUGCUCGCCGCAGACCCACCUCCUCAUGUCCUCCACGGUAUCCUGCGAACUGCUGAGCCUUCUCCUUCGCAUACCCUCUCUAACCUCCCUUCCGCCCUCGUUACACCCCCAGUCGAAGCAUGUCUCCUCCCAACAGCAACUGCUCGCUACGACCAUACUCGCAAGCACAUUGAAAGCUUCCUCAGGGACACUCACCCUUCGGUCGUCUUACACACCAAACUUGCACAGGAGGAUUUUGCUGAUGUGCCGUUUUUGAGGGAGAAUGUCGAGUUUAUUAGGGUUUGUGAGGUUAGAGGUAGGGGAUGCCGAGCGGAGGGAUUGCGAGGAGAGUGCUUGAGGGGCGCGUGCGCAAGCGAGCGGUUGCUUGAGGCUUCCGAGCGGAGCAAGGAGAACGCGUGCAACGGCGAAGCCGAGCGAAGCGAGGCCGAGCCUACUGGGCCUCCGGCCCAGGAUUGCGGAUCACACACCAUCCCAACAUCCUCGUCGCGAGCGGAGCGAGCAGGGUAUCGGUCAUCCAUCGGGUAUCAUUCAACCAUCGGGUGUCGUGGGUCCACCCAUCAACCAUGACA